CGCACCUUGAGAUAUUAUUCCUCGUCGUCGUGGUUACAAAACUGCACCACCAACUUCUCUAUCUCCUUCUUCUUCUUCAUCGUCAGUCUCAUUUCAGUCCUGCUUCCUCUUGGACGUUGGACUACUUUACUUCUCGUCACAGUCGCCAUAGCAACGCUAAUUUAAUCCACAAAUUUUACUACCAUAAAAAAAAUGAAGUUCCGCAUCUUGCUCGUAACUACGCUGAUUUUGCACCUCUGCGCCGGCGCAGAGGUUACAAAAGAGAGUGAAGAGUUUGAAAAGGAACUUUGCAAGGAAAAGGAGGCGGGGGAGUGGUUCAGGUUGGUCGCGGGGGAGGGGGACUCGUGCAGGGAUGUGAUUCAAUGUACGACGAGUGGGUUGCAGGCCAUUCGCUGCCCCGCCGGGCUGGCCUUCGACAUCGAGAAGCAGACCUGCGAUUGGAAGGACCAGGUGAAAAACUGUGCCAAAAAGUCCAAGGAGAAAAAGGUGAAGCCGCUGCUGUACACGGACGAACCCUUGUGCGCCGAUGGGAGCCUGGCCUGCGGGGAUGGGACGUGUAUCGAGAGGACACUGUUCUGUAAUGGGGAGAAGGAUUGUGCGGACGGCUCGGACGAGACCUACUGCGACAUAAACCACGACCCUAACCGGGCCCCACCCUGCGACAAAAGCGUCUGCGUCCUCCCCGACUGCUUCUGCUCCGAGGACGGAACGGCCAUCCCUGGCGACCUCCCCCCCACCUCCGUCCCCCAGAUGAUCACCAUCACCUUUGACGACGCCGUGAACAACAACAACAUCGAAUUAUACAAAGAAAUCUUUACCCAAAAACGGAAAAACCCGAACGGCUGCCAAAUAAAAGCCACCUUUUUCCUCUCGCAUAAAUACGCGAAUUACUCGGCUGUCCAAGAACUCCACCGAAGGGGCCACGAAAUCGCCUCCCACUCCAUCACGCACAAUGGGGAUGAAAAUUUCUGGUCCAACGCCACCGUGGAUGAUUGGGCCAAGGAGAUGGCCGGCAUGAGAAUAAUAGUGGAGAAAUUCGCCAACAUCUCGGACAACUCGGUCGUCGGCAUCCGCGCGCCGUACCUCCGCGUGGGAGGCAACAACCAAUUCGUGAUGAUGGAGGAGCAGGCAUUUCUCUACGAUUCCACGGUAACGGCGAGUCUCACGAAUCCACCCCUCUGGCCGUACACGAUGUACUUUAGGAUGCCACAUAAAUGUCAUGGCAACCUGCAAAAUUGUCCCACGAGGAGCCACGCUGUUUGGGAAAUGGUCAUGAACGAGCUGGAUCGGAGGGAGGACCCCACGAUCGAUGAGGAUUUGCCCGGGUGCGCCAUGGUGGAUUCCUGUAACAACAUCCUCACGGGGGAUCAGUUUUAUAACUUUUUGAAUUAUAACUUUGACAGACACUACCAACAAAACCGCGCCCCCAUGGGCCUCUAUUUCCACGCCGCCUGGCUCAAGAACAACCCCGAGUUCCUGGAGGCCUUCACUUUUUGGAUUGACGAAGUAUUGGAAAAACACGAGGACGUUUAUUUCGUAACAAACACCCAAGUGAUCCAAUGGAUGCAGAACCCACGGACCAAAACGGAAGUGAAAUCCUUCGACCCGUGGAAGGACAAGUGCGACGUCCCAGAAGGACGCUCUUGUUUGGUAAAUAACCCGAACAGCUGCAGCCUGACGUCGAAAGAGCUUCCGGGGGAGACCAUCAGACUCCACACGUGCAUGCGGUGUCCAAAUAACUAUCCGUGGCUCAAUGAUCCCACUGGCGACGGCUUCUUCUAAAUAAAAGAAAUUACACGGAUCUUAUGCAAUUUUCCUAUAUUAAAGCCAUUGGUUUUUUAUUUUUUCUACUUUUCUACACACUUUUUAACUAAAAGAAGGCUGAUAAAAAAAUUUUUGUGUGCGCGUGCGUGUGAGGAAUUUGGUGUGGAGAAUGAUGAAUAAAUUAUAUAUUUUUUUGUGGAAACAAUAAAUAUAUUUUUGUGGAAUUUAUA